GCAAACAGAGAAUGUGGAUGCGGUCAUGGCUAGUGUCAAGAGGCCGACCUCGGCAUGACAAUUUUGCAAAUGGAGCUCGAGGUAAGUCAUUUUAAGUUUUAGCUCCAUGCCGUGUUGAGGAAUAUGCCAUUUCAUGUUGCAUUUUAAGUAGACGUACAGAAGUCACCAUCAUUGGUCAUCUUUUGUCUGGGACAGCCCAAAAUUAUACAAUGUGUACCGAGCAUUAGAGAAGCAGCUGCAUCGCAAUGUCUUGGAAACAAUUCUCAUUUCUGUAAUCAAUUUUCAUUUACUGUCCCUGUUAUUCUAACAUAAUAAAUAAAAAUAAGUUGUAUUGGCAGUAAUGGACAUUUAAAUAUAUGUUUUAAAUCAUGUAAACGUCUGUGAGAUAGACUACGGCAAAGAAAAUCUAAGAUUUUUCUUUCAUUUCAAAUGCUGCAAUAUGCAUAUUUAAUGAAACUCACAUAUACACUGUACAUAUGUAUAUGUGUGUGAUUAAUUAAAAUAAUAUUGCAGUAGAUAACAAUUGUAAAUACAUGAUUUACAAACGCUCUUAAUGGCCACAUAAAAAGGUUUUUAAAUGCACAAUCUAAUUCGUUUUUUUCUUUUCUUUUGGUUUAAAAAAUAUGAGAUUCUCUGUUUUGGUGACAGAUUUUGAGAUCCAGUCGCGUGUUCUUCAGACGAUGAAAACCUUUAGUUGCAGUCUACUGCAAUGCUUAGCUUGUCUAGAAGAAAAUGAUUGGAGAGAGUGUAUGAAAUAAGAGCUCUUGUGAUGGCAUAUCACAUCAGUGUAAUGUGCGUGGCAGUGGAUCGCGAGCUUCAGCUCUGUUCUCCGGCCCUUUAAGAAGCAGUUCCUCUAACUGGAUCCAGGGGGCGCACGACCCGUGUGUUACCGUUCUUUUCUUUAGUUUGCAGCGGAGCAGCAGCGCAUUAGGGGCUUUGGUAGUGCUGGAUCGCCCGGGUUGCGGGACGCAACGUCCUGCUCCGACAUGGAAGAGGGAUCAUGGAGGUUUUUUGGGAAAAGCGGCGUGUUUGUUAGGACUUAUUCUUGUUGAUUUGCGGAGAGGCUGAUGUGGAGGUAUGACUUGAUCAUUUGAGGAUACUUUCGCUAACGCACAGCCUUCCUAAUCGCUUUAAAUCCAUUUUUUUUUAAAGACGGCAGCUGCGUUCGGAAACGAAGUAUCUUUUACAACAUGAUGUAAUGUUACAAUGUAACACGUUUGCAGCGCGACGUCAUGCAACAAUGUAACAAAUUCGAGCGUCCGCUCUGUUACACUCUUUAUGCUUUUUGAACCACGGAAGCUUCAUUAAACGAGCAUUUUCGCUGGUUUAUUUGUUUUCCUGCGGACUCUUAAAACUAACCAAAUCGAGCGAGAUUCUCAUACGAAUCCGUCUUUGUUGUGAGCGGACAUAAUGUACUUGAACGCAUUUGUAAAUAUUCCUAAACAUCUCAUAACAUCAAUUCGAUACUCGAAGUGUCCCGCAUUGAAAUGUGGACUCUAGAAGUGAUCCAUUAAUGGCAUGCACGAGGGCACUGCUGCCGUUGUGUUCAGAAAAGCCGUCCAUUUCUCAUUCAUUUGAAGGAGUCGAGGAAAUAUGGCAGAUGAGAUAGAUAAGCCCUCGGCUGUGGACGUGGACGUCGACAUAGACCCUGAUUUCGAGCCCCAAAAAAGGCCCAGGUCUUGCACCUGGCCUCUGCCCAGACCAGAGUCCAAUGCUGGCAAAGCAGAACCAGGAGAGGUGGGAAUCAUCCCCGAGGAAGAGGUGGAUGAAAAUGGCACUGAUGAUGCGCGUGCAUCUGGUGACAUUACAGGCGCAUCAAAGCCAGUCAGUGUCACAGAAGGAAAUGAGAGUCCUACUGCUCUUGCCAUAGAAACCAAUGUUGCUCUCAGUGAUAAAGACACCUAUGGCUCUCCUGUUUCUUCCCAGCAUGCUCUGCCCUCCGCCUGCAACGACUCAGGCGUCAAUGGUCUGGUUCCUCUGCAGCCCAGAAAAUCCUCUGCCCGCAGGAACGCCUGGGGAAACUAUUCCUACGCAGACCUCAUCACUCAAGCCAUCGAGAGCACGCCUGAGAAGAGGCUGACUUUGGCCCAGAUUUAUGAUUGGAUGGUCCGGAAUGUGCCAUACUUCAAGGACAAAGGUGACAGCAACAGCUCUGCGGGAUGGAAGAACUCAAUACGACAUAACCUGUCACUCCACAGUCGCUUUGUCCGGGUCCAAAAUGAAGGAACAGGAAAGAGUUCAUGGUGGAUGGUCAAUCCCGAUGGCGGAAAAGGGGGAAAAGCCCCUCGGAGACGUGCAGUUUCCAUGGACAACAGUAAUAAGCUCAUCAAGAGCGCCCGUGGCCGUGCCACAAAGAAAAAGGCAGCUCUUCAGGCUACUCAGGACGGAAGCUCAGAGAGUUCCUCCAGCCUCUCCAAAUGGACCGGCAGCCCGACCUCCCGCAGUAGCGAUGAGCUCGAUGCUUGGACGGAUUUCCGUUCUCGCACUAAUUCCAAUGCCAGCACCCUAAGCGGACGCCUUUCUCCGAUUCUGGCCAACCUCGAGAUGGACGAAGUUCCUGACGACGACUCUCCCCUGUCGCCCAUGCUGUACUCCAGCCCUAGUAGUAUGUCUCCAUCCACCGGGCUGACCGAACUGCCCCGUCUAGCUGACCUUGCCGGAACCAUGAACCUCAACGACGGCCUCUCCGAUAACCUAAUGGACGACCUUCUAGACAACAUCAGCUUGACUGCUUCCCAGUCUCCAGGUCAAGAUGAGAGUGGGGCCAACCUACAGGGAAGCCCCGUGUUUACCUUCAGCUGCUCCGGGAGCAGUCUGGCAAUUCCCACUGGCAGCUAUGGCACUAACUCCAUGUUCAGCCCUCCGUGUGUCACCGCCCUGAGGCAGUCUCCAAUGCAAACAAUCCAGGAAAACAAGCAGGCUACGUUCUCCUGCGGUUCCCUCUUUAGCGAACAGAGUCUGCAGGACUUGCUCAGCUCCGAGUCCAACAGUCACAGCGAUGUCCUUCUUACCCAGUCUGACCCGCUUAUGUCUCAAGCCAGUGCCUCCCUUUCCUCCCAGAAUGCCCGUCGCAGUGCGCUGCUGCUGCGUAGUGAUCCCAUGAUGUCCAAUCAGGCUGGGCCUGGAGGACAAGCAGGGCUCAAGAAGGCGUCGCCAUCUGGAUGGCGGAUGAACUGCAGCGAGUCCGACUACCAAAGCUUGAUGAAGCAACAUCUCCAACAGUCUCCCUUCAGAAGCACAUCUAUGCAGCUCAACUCAUCCGAUUCAUUGUUGGCUGGUCUCAAUGCCAGCGUUUCCACGGUUCAUUUGGCAUCUCAGGACCGAUUCCCAUCCGAAUUGGAUCUUGAGGCGUUAAGUGGGAGUUUCGAUUGCGACAUGGACUCCAUCACUCGCAACGAUCUGAUGGAUGCCGACGGCCUGGAGUUCAGCUUCGAUUCCCAUCUUAUCUCCUCCCAGAAUGCUAACCUGACUUCCGAGAGCUUCUCCAGAACCAAACGAACCUCCUCCCAAAGCUGGGUACCAGGCUGAUCCGGCCAGGCCCAGGAAUGUAGGGACGGACAGAACACCGCAUUUGAGCCAACUGUCCACUGUAAAGCAACUGUACAUUAUGCUGUAGAAAAGCUAUCUGACAUCCAUUGGAAUCAGUUUGAGUUAACGUCAAUGAUUUACCCAGUCGGUGUUGUAGUUGUGUGUUUUGUAUUGUCAUGAUUGAGGCUGGUUUAAUGGACGUUGUAAAGUGUUUCACACAAUUUAACCUUGAAGUGCUUGCAGGUUAAUCUAAUUGCCAGUGACUAGGUAAUGAACUCCGCUGCUGGAAUAUGGUAGGUGUAGUAUCGUAAAGAAAAGGUUGUCUAUAUAUGAAGACUUGAAGGUUAGUACUUCCCUUUGUCCAUCUAGAAAACAAAAUCCCUGAAUCCACCACUGUGUAUAAGGGUGCCUGCACACUAGAGAAAGCUCUUGCAAAUGCAUUUGAGAGUUGGGACAGCCAAGUAAGAAUCUUGAAUUCUCUUGUUCCCACGACAGAAACUGGUACCUGCGACUGGGAUUGCAGUGAAAGUUAACAUAUUCUCAACUUUUGGUCGUCACUUUGGCAAACCCUGGCAUUUUCUUUGACGUUGCGAUAAGUUAUCCCAAUUGAAAUCAAGUCUAGUCUUUACUCUAGUCUGAAGGUGCCCUUAGUUUGUUGUAAUGUAUUGUAACCAAGAUAAAUAGAUUUCCAGUCCUCACAUUGAAACAAACACUUGCCUUUUGCCAAACGUGUCCUCUACUGGACAAUUGCAACAAUGGCCUGUUUACAAUAUGAACUAUUGAGAAUAUUUUUCGUUGUCCGAAAAAACGGCCAUGAAAAAUCUCCGUUUCUCAGAUUAUUUUUCAUAAAACUGAAAAGGGGAAGUUAUUGUGUUUUUGUGAAACCAGUGAUCAUAAUGUAUCCUUGACUCCUUUUAUGGAAAAGUGAACUAUGAUAUGAUGAUAAGCUAUGUAUUUAGUGUUCUGCUGUAUGAAACUAGUUUGUCAGUGUUUCCCAUGGAUUUCCCAACCAAACCUGCAUUUAUCCUGCUCGGGGGUUCCUGAACACGAGCAUCUCGAUCACCCCCUAAACCGCUUUUACUUCCAAUGUCAACCAUUUUAGAAUAGAUUAUGAGCUAUAUAUUUGUAUUUUUGUAUGUGUUUAUACACUCACACACACACACACGGGGCCUCAUUCAUGAAGUAAUUGCUGUAUACAUGAUUUAUAAAAUCGAAGUAGACAUUUGUAAAACAAAAUUGAUACUUUCAAUUUGAUUAGUGAUUAUGUGUGCAUAUACUGUACAGUCUGUAUACAUGCAUGCAACCAUUUUACAAUUUCUGCCGAAAUCAGAUUUCUGUUGUACUUGUAUUUCAUAAAUGAGGCCCAUGGUGCAUCUGUGUAUGUGCUGUACACUGAAUAUGUGUGCGUGUGUUUACACAUAAAUAUUGGAUUCAUUCGAAACAUAAGGUAUAUUAACAAUUAUAACAUUUGGGACGCUGAUUAAGGACCACUAGAUGUUUGUGUAUUUGUAGCAGGAAAAAAAUUAAGCUAAGCAUUUGGUGCUAAGUGAAAUUGUGUUGGGUCAGUUCACAUGGCUGGCAUGUUACUUUCUUAGCAUUUAUGUGUACAUUUCUACACAAUGGCUGGUGCUAGUAGAACGUGUCCAUCGGUUGUUACGGCAGUGUGUUUAACAGUUUUAAAAAUGAAAGGCAGCCUCAUUGUAGUGUAUGGACAAGCUAUGUAAGAAAGCACCUACGUUGUACUGUAUUUCACUGUUGAUCUUGAACAUGCCAGACAACCAAAUUUGAGGCUGGUGUAAAAUAAUGCAACUAUUCAGUCUGAUGAAAUAGUAGUGCCAUUCAGGGACAACUUGCAGGCGGUUCAAUAGUUGUAACCUAAUGUUGUUUUAACAUCACAGUUGAAUGUACCUUUUGUUAAGGUCAGUUUCACACCCAGAUUUUUUAAAAGCCUCUUAUAAGCAGUGAUUUUUUUUUUUUUUUAAUAAUCUGCUUUUUAUAAUCAGCUGGAGUCACAGAAUUUGAGAUGACUAUAAAAAGUUGAUUGUGCUGUGUUUACCUUUGUUUACUUCACAUUGUGUAAUCCGUUCCAGCAUCGUAAAUGGCAUCCUCAAAAUUGAAAUGCUUUUAAUUCUUGGUUUUCAUAUUCUUUGGGUAGAAUCGUACUUCACGAACUUCUACAAUUUGUAUUCAUUUUGAAUUGUAAUCUUUACGAAGGAAUUAACAUGAAUUGUGAAGACGAAACCUGCGUGUGUAGCACCUCACACCACAGUUGGCCGUUAGUUAGCAUCCACUCAAUGUUUGCUUGACUUUACCUGUGUAUUUCCAUUUUGGAUAAUGUAAACAAGGUAGUGCAAGGCAAGGUGCAUGUAAAUAAAGCUUGUAUUACACAAUA